CACUCCAUUUCCACUUCCAAAUUCCUCUUCUUCGCCUCUGUUCAUUGCAAGCAGGAGUCGGGAAGCCAUGAAAGCCUUCUGGCUUCUCUCUCCACAGCCUACGCAGUUCCGCCCGGAGCUCCCCAUUCUCGCGGCCUCGCCGUCGAUAAACUUCAUUCCAACCAUCACAUUCCCGUCGCUCAAGCGCAAGCCCUUGCGACUCCCCGCUCGCCGGCCGGACCUCUCGGUCCGUGCCGAGGACGGAGAUGCAGACGGCGGGGGGCCCGACGACUACGACAUGGAUGAGGACGAGGUCGAGGAGGUCGAUAACAAGAAGGACUACGACGUGGAGUACGAGCCCCUCCUCGCCGGCGCGGGCGCGGCGGUGAUGGAAGGCGACGACGACAUCGCGAUCGUGCAGAGUAAGAGCUUCGUGUCGACACAAGGGUGGCAUUCGGAGACCGUCGUGGAUUAUAGGAUUAACGAGGAUGAGUUUCACAAGAUUAGCUUGCUUGAUUGCGAUUUCUUUAUAAGGAAGCCUCCGGAUCCUGACAACGACGUUUAUGAUUUUCGAGAGAUGUAUGUUACUCCUCCAGAUACUGAUGUUUAUGCCAUUCCUAAGGUCCUUGCGCCAAUGCCUCAGAAGUACAUUCGAUGUGCGAAGAGUGACUAUGGGUGCUAUAAUGUUACGGAACCACCUAUUGAUGCACCUCGUGAUCCAUUAUACAAAUCCGAGAGGGAGAUAUCGAAGGUUUUCUUGACAAAACACUAUAGGAACCGAAGGUUGGGUGAUCCCGAGUUUGUGCUAGAUUUUGAAGAGAUUUAUGUUAUUGAUUCAAAAACAAAGUCGAUUACUAGAGCAAAAGUUUUGGUCACAGUCCCAGAAGGACGGAAUAGGGAUAGAAAGAAAGACUUGCUUGUUAUAUGUGAUAAUGGCGCCUCCUUCAGAAUAAUCCCCACAAGUGAAAGAGAUGAUCCAACCACCGUGAUAGAACGGGAAGAGUGGGAGAAAUCUAGAAAAGACAUGGAGAAGCACCUGAGAAAGCUAAGAGAUUUCAGUGUUUCAAACUGGUUCUAAUCAACAGUUAAUUGUUUAUAAAAUUUGAAGAUCGUUUCAGAAAGGGAUUUGGCAGAUGAUGGAGACUCAUGGAGAAUGCCAACUCUUGUGGAUUCCAGUCUGGAUGAGUAACCGUGAGGAUAUAUUAUUGCCAGUGCAAAUGGUGCUCCUGAUUUCUUGAGAAUUGGUCAGCAUUGUUGGGUUUUUGCCUGUGUUUUAUACUGGAAAUUUGUUUAAGCUCUGUAUGUUGCUUUAGGAGGUAUGAUUAUUCGCGUCGAUACUUAGUCUGUGAUUUCUAAUUGCGUAAGGUGAGAGAGGAUGGCUCCUGAUCUUCCUAGGAAAUUAGUGUUUUCGGCAAGUAGGAUGAUGAGAACCCCCUUUCAAUCUGUUAUGUUGAUUUGUGAUUCAAAAUAACUUGAUAAUUGUUCAUUUGGAUUUCAAUUCGUUUGCAUUU